AAUAUCGAUGCUUGGAUCGAUCCAACCACCUCUGAACUUCCUGUUUCAUUUUGUUGACAAUUCUAAUGAUUUUUUUUUCAUAGUGGACGUUAACUUGUAACACAGGACAACGUCGAGUAAGGAAGCCGGAGCACCCGGAGGGAACCUGCUUAGUCACGGGGAGAACAUGCAAACUGCACACAGAAAGAUCCAGAGCCCAGGAUUGAACUCCGGACUACUCAGGACCUUCGUAUUGUGAGGGAGCCACAACGGGUUCAAAGCUAUCGAAUGGUUCAUGCACAUAGUUAAGAGGCUGAAAACUGAAGACAAGAAAGAAUACAACCAGGACAGCAUCAGGGAGUCACUGGCAGGCAUGCCGGUGUUGGAUGAGCUCUCGGAUAGCACAGAAGUGGUGGAGAUGGAGGAUGUGAAUUCAACUCCCUUCCAGGUGCAAAAGCACACAUGGACCGAUUUGCGAAACAUCAUCCAAGGGAGCCGCAAGUCCUUGGGCUUGCUCAUCAGCAAGGCACCGCAUUAUUUCCACUUUGUGCAGAAGGACGAGUCCAGUCCACAUUCCCAUCGCCUCUACUUCCUUGGUGUGCCAUUCCCCAGGAGGGAGAACUCAUUGCUCUACUCCGACAUUCCGAGGAAGAUACGCAAAGAGGCGCUUCUUAUUUUGGCAUGGAAGCAUCUGCUGGACAACUUUCAGACCAGUCCUCGCAAGAAGACCUUGUCCCGUGAGGAGGAGAUGCUGCGAGAGAGGAAGCGCUUGGGGGUGUCAGGCAUCACGUCCUAUGACUACCACCCAUCCAAGGGCCUCUUUUUGUUCCAGGCUAACAACAGUCUGUACUGGUGCAGUGACGACAUAAAUGAUAGCAAAGUUCCUAUGGAUCCUGUUGAGCUUCCAAGUCAGUGUUCUAGCACGCGCAUGGAUGCCAAAAUCUGCCCCGCUGACUGUGACUUUAUCAGUUUUAUCCACAACAAUGACAUUUGGGUGACCAGCAUCAAGACAGAUGAAGAAAAGCGGCUCACUUUUUGCCGUAAAGGCAUCGAUAAACCAAACGAGGAUGCCAAAACUGCUGGUGUUGCCUCAUUUGUCACUCAAGAAGAAUUUAAUCGUUUCACUGCAUACUGGUGGUCUCCAGUUGCACACGAUGAAUCAGAUAGUGGAAAAACACUGAAGAUUCUGUAUGAGGAAGUUGAUGAGUCAGAGGUUGACAUAAUCCACGUCCCCUCUCCAGCACUGGAGGACUGCAACACUGAUGUGUACCGAUAUCCACAUGCAGGCAGCAAGAAUCCUGUGAUUACACUGAAAUUACUGGAAAUCAAGACCGAUGAAUUUGGCAAAAUCGUCAGCACGCAAGAAAAAGAGUUGCCUGCACCCUUCACCACGUUGUUCCCGAGGGCAGAGUACAUCAUUAGAGCUGGGUGGACUAAAGACGGACGAUAUGCAUGGACGACCCUGAUGGACCGACGCCAGCAGCAUCUUCAGUUGGUCCUAUUGCCUCCGUCACUCUUCAUUCCUAUGGAGCAGGACGAGAACACCAGACUGGAACGUCUGCGGUGCCUUAAGGAUCUGGGAGAAACUGUCAGCCCACUCAUCAUUUACCAACAGACCAGCGACAUCUGGAUCAAUGUCCAUGAUAUCUUCCAUCCAUUCAUCCAAAGCAACGAUAAGGAGUUUACGUUCAUCACUGUAAACGAGUCCAAAUCAGGGUUUUGCCACCUGUACAAGGUUACCACGCUGUUAGACCGUGAACACUUCGACUGGACCAGCUAUACACACUCUGAAGAUAAUUUCCGGUGUCCAAUUAAAGAGGAGGUGGCACUAACCAGUGGAGAGUGGGAGGUGUUGGCCACCCUUGGCGCAAAGCGAUCAUCCAGCCCACAGAUUUGGGUGGAUGAGAGAGAAAAGCUGGUGUACUUUCAGGGAACAAAAGACUCGCCCCUGGAGCAUCACUUGUAUGUAGUGAGCUACGAGUCUCCGGGAGAAAUUGUGCGACUCACCAAACCUGGUUUCUCCCACAGCUGCUCUGUAAGCCAGACAUUUGACAUGUUUGUGAGCCACUACAGCAGCCUAACCAACACACCCUGUGUACAUGUCUACAAGCUGAAUAGCAGAGAUCACAACCCACUGAGCAAAGAACCUGAGUUCUGGGCAAGUCUGAUGGAGCCAUCUGGUUACCCACCCCAAUACACUCAUCCUGAGAUCUUUAGCUUCUUAGGGACGUCUGGUUUCCAGAUUUAUGGCCUCUUGUACAAACCACAAAACUUGCUCCCUGGGAAGAAAUAUCCAACUGUUGUCUCUGUCUAUGGUGGCCCUCAGGUCCAGUUGGUCAAUAACUCGUGUAAAGGUUUGAAGUACCAGCAGCUAAGCAUACUGGCUACUCUUGGUUACGUAGUGCUCGUCAUUGAUGGGCGGGGCUCCUGUCAGCGAGGACUCAAGUUUGAAGGAGCUGUGAAGGACAACAUUGGCCAGGUGGAGAUUGAAGACCAGGUGGAAGGUUUGCACUAUGUAGCUGACAAGUACAAGUUUUUGGACUUGAACCGCGUUGCCAUUCAUGGGUGGUCAUAUGGAGGCUUCCUCUCUCUCAUGGGCCUCAUUCACAGACCUGAUAUCUUCAAGGUUGCCAUCGCAGGUGCACCAGUGACAUUGUGGAUGGCUUAUGACACUGGAUACACCGAGCGGUACUUGGAUACUCCUGAAAACAACCAAAAGGGCUACGAGGACUGCUCUGUUGCACUGCACGUCAAUAAGUUCCCCAAUGAACCAAACAGACUAUUGAUCCUGCAUGGAUUUCUAGAUGAAAAUGUGCACUUUUUCCACACCAACUUCCUGGUGUCCCAACUUAUCCGGGCGGGGAAACCAUACAGCCUUCAGGUAUACCCCAAUGAACGACACAGCAUUAGGCGUGCAGAGUCUGGAGAACACUAUGAGAUCACGUUGCUCCACUUCCUCCAGCAGAACCUCUGAUAAGCCUUUCUCCACACAUCUUUACUUAGUCUAGACAACUUUUUCUACCCGUAUCCUGGAUCUAGGCAAAAGUUUCCACUUUGUUCAUUAUUACGUCUAACAUUUUAUUGACUUUGUGAUAGACUAUGACCAUUCACCUCUCAUGUAAUCUUUGGAACAUUCAACAUAGUUAAAUUGCCUCUUCACUCGUCUACAAUAUAUUGUAUCUGCUAUUGAUAUUUACAACUUUUAGUAUUUUUUUAUGAACAUAAUAUAAUAAUAUAUAUCAUAUUUGUUUUAAAUGAAAACAAAAACACUUGAGUGUGUCCCCAUUUAGUUUUUUAUUGUAUCUAAAUCAGGAUGUUUGAGUGCAGUUGAGUAAUGUCAGUUUCAAUCUAUUAGUAUUUUUUGUUUUUGAUUUAAUUUAAAAUCCUAAAAGGCAAACUAGUGUCAAAUGUAACAUGCAGUAUGUGUAAAAUAAUUCAACUUGUUUUAGGGAUGCAGGAUAAAUAUAGGGCCGGUAUGAGAAAUUAUUACGUUAUGUCGGUAAAUCCGAUAAGAUGAAAACAUAUCAUAUCCAUCGAUCUAUUUUCUACAAAGCUUCUCCUCAUUAAGUCAAGGGUAAGCUCGACCCCAUCCUAGCUGACUUUGGGCGAGAACCCUAAAUUUGGUCGCCAACCAAUUGCCCGGCACAUAUAAACAAACAGCCAUUUACACAAUUGACAAUUUGUAGUCUCCAAUUAACCCAGUACUUCACAAAUAAUGGGGCCGGCCACCCUGGUGGGGCACGUGUGACCUGGGAACAUGCUUAUUUAGCCGUAACACAUACGAUGAAGCAAAUGCAGCACUUGACUUCACUGUAACCAUGGUCGGAAACGAGAAAAGGCCAAUGUGUUGUUUCUUUUAAUGUUAAUAAGCCUACAAUGUUAUGCAGAGGUGUAGAUAUAUCAAUGUUAUAGACAAAUUAUACUAUAGGGACGGCGUGGCGCAGUGGGAGAAUGGCCGUGCGCAACCCGAGGGUCCUUGGUUCAAUCCCCACCUAGUACCAACCUCGUCACGUCUGUUGUGUCCUGAGCAAGACACUUCACCCUUGCUCCUGAUGGGUGCUGGUUAGCGCCUUGCAUGGCAGCUCCCUCCAUCAGUGUGUGAAUGUGUGUGUGAAUGGGUAAAUGUGGAAGUAGUGUCAAAGCGCUUUGAGUACCUUGAAGGUAGAAAAGCGCUAUACAAGUACAACCCAUUUAUCAUUUAUUUAUUUAUAUAGUCACAGAGGAGAGUGUGUAGGGGGGGGUUCGCAAAAUAUUUUCUUCUUCCUAUGGGGCACAUAACAGAAAAUAUUUGAAUUAACCCAACAUGGAUCAGAGAGAUAAUUAUCAGGCCAAUGUUAGGAAUUAUGACAUUGUAUUGAUAAAUCCGAUGCUCCAAUUAGGGCAGAUUAAUCGUACUGUGGUGCAGGUGUGAUUCGGUAAGAAAAUCAAGCGCUUCUUUUCUCCGACUUGUAAACUUCCCCUGAGUUCAUUGUAAACAAACAUGGCGUUGAUUGUCUGAGACUUCUUAACUCUUUCAGAGGAAGACUUUUCACGUGUUAUUUGCAGCAAAUGUUUUGCAAACCGUUCUUUGAGGAAGGAAAAAAAAACAUCAAGCGUCAACACAUCAAACCUUAUCAACAACCUGAAAUGGCAAUAUCACUACGAUGGUGUUUUGAAAGUCAAAGAAGACUUCUGAGACUUUGUCAGUGUUUCAGAGGGAAGAUAUUUUGUGUGCUGUCUGCACCAAAUGUGCUGCAAAAAAUCUUUCAGGAGAAAAACAAACAAACUUCAAGCUUCAACACAUCCAACCUUAUCAGCCGCCUAUAAUACCAGCAUAGUUUCGCAAAGAAAGGUGUGCACAAACUAUUUAAAUCAACAUUUUUCAAAAUCAUAGAUGUCAUUAAGUUAUUUGUCUUGAUAAGCAGGAAGUUAUCGUAUCGGCUUGAAAAAAUAUAAUCAUGCAUCCCUAACCUAUUUUAUUUGAACUAGUGUGUAAUGUUCAUAUCAUAUAUAUGACACCUUAUUAAAUUAUUACAAUUAUAUUUUUUUUGUGGAAAAAGUGCCUGAUGAACUCUCAAUAUAGUCAUUUGAUUUGUUAUUAAGGGAAUUUAUGUGAUACCAAACUCCAGAUUCUUCUUGAGAUUUGCUUCUUGUUUUAUAUAAACAAAUACCUACAAAUAUGCACAUGUAAGACAAAAACAAUAAAUGUCAACAUAUUUUAAGCGUUCUUGUUUUCAUGUCAUGUCAAAAUCCAUAGUUAAAAGGGGAGGAGUAUAUUUACAGCUGUUGUGUGCGCAGUUGUGCACUGCACUUUCUAAAAGUCGUAGAUUUUAUUGUCACAUAUGCAUGAUUGAUUGAUUGAAACUUUUAUUAGUAGAUUGCACAGUACAGUACAUAUUCCAUACAACUGACCACUAAAUGGUAACAACGCAAAAUAUAUGUCAUUGCAGCUUUCAGGUGUUGUACUCGGGCUGUCAAACAAUUACCACUAUAUUAUUAUUUAUUGCGCUUAUAUGCGUCCUGUUCGUAGUUUACUCAGAACUAAUUGCAACUAAUCCCAGAUGGAUAUAUUUUUUUCAUCAAUAAGUGUACCCUAAACAGAUCAUUUUCAAGUAGUUAAAACUAUGGAUGUCCGAUAAUAUCGGACUGCCGAUGAUGUUGUGCCAAUAAAUGCUUUAAAAUGUAAUAUUGGAAAUGAUCGGUAUCAGUCUCAAAAUUAUCGAUAUCGGUUUCAAAAAGUAAAAUGUAUGACUUUUUAAAACUCCGCUGUGUACACGGACGUAGGGAGGAGUACAGAGCGCCAAUAAACCUUAAAGGCACUUCCUUUGCGUACCGGCCAAAUCACAUAAUGUCUACGGCUUUUCACACAAACAAGUGAAUGCAACACAUAUUUGGUCAACAGCCAUACAGGUCACACUUAGGGUGGCCGUAUAAAAAACGUUAACAUUGUUAGAAAUAUACGCCACACUGUGAACCCACACCAAACAAGAAUGACAAAACAAAUUUCGGGAGAACAUCCGCACCGUAACACAACAGAAAAAAAUACCCAGAACCCCAUGCAGCACUAACUCUUCCGGGAUGCUACAAUUUACCCCCGUCCCCGUCCACCUCAACCUCCUCAUGCUCUCUCAUGACAAUGCCAUGUUGGCAUUUUUUUCCAUAACUUGAGUUAAUGUAUUUUGGAAAACCUUGUUACAUUGUUCAAUGCAUUAAAAUACAAAUAAACAUAAUAAUGUGUUAAUUCCACGGAUUAUGGAAGGUUGACUCCAAUUAAGCUGUACGAGCAUCUCAAGGAUGAUCAGUUGAGAUAGGAUGCACCUUACCUCACUUUUGAGCCUCUUGGCAUAGGCUGUGAUAACUCAUACAUGUGAUUUCUUAGUUGUCGUUUUUUAUCAAAUUAAAAAAAAAAAAAUCACAUUGUCAUUAUGCGGUAUUGUGUGUCAAAUUUUGAGGAUGAAAAUUAAUAUAUUCCUUUUU